UCCCAAGUGCUUAUACUCGGCACAAGCGAAUGGCGGCAGGAACAACCCGUAUACUUUCUUUUGACUUCAAGAAAGAAGAGUUCUUUUGGACUCCCAAUCCCUACAUAUUCCCAUAUCCGACCUGGAAAUUACACUUGAUUAAUUUUAGAGGAUCUAUGGCCAUCGUGGAUGCUUCAUCAGGUAUGAAUAUUGAGAUAUGGGUGAUGAAAGAUUACAAUAAAAAACAGUGGAUUCUCGAUUAUUCCAUCAAUAUCCACAUGCUUGAAUUAGAUCCUGAAUUUGAUUUUAUUUGGGCUGUUUGUUGUGAAUGGGAGCAUGGCAUACUUUUCAUAGAUGAACCGGCCACAAUAACAUUGUUUUUGGAUCUAAGACAACCUGUUGUCACCAGGAAUCUUUUCAAACGUCCAAAUAAGGAGUGUGAUUUGGUGUCUGAGUGAAUCAUGAGUCUUAAUGGGAGCUUGUUUUCCCUAAAAAAUUAUGCAAAUUUGGUCGAAGCAGAAGAACCGGCUACUUAUAGCAAUUGGACUGAAGGAGAAGCAAGCGGGAAUAAUUUCUUCCACCUGAAAAAGUAGCACAGAGGCUUUAGUUUUUGAACCGCGGGCCAAAUGAUGACCCUAACCUGGCCUGGAGAGUCUCUUAUUCUAUAUAGAAAACUUGGCCAGUGGCCCCGACGUAUAAUCUGGUGCUCUCUUUAUGUCGUUUAGAAAU